UGUAGCUCACACAGCCGCUAGAAGACAAACGAUCCUCUUACCUCCCCAAAGCGGAGCGCAGCCUAAGGAGCAGGAACUAUUUUUUUUAAUAAGCCGAUGAAUGGGAGUGUGCCCUCCGCUGGACCCUGACUCACUGUGGAAGCGGGGCGCCUUCACGAACAGAGGCUCAGUAUUUUCUUUCAGAGAGACCCGGGGUGGAAAAGACGCAGCAAUGACAGAGCAGCAGUCGUGCGCAGCGACAAAAUAGACCAACUAUUGUGGGUACGGGAGAUUGAUAACACAACUAGGCGAGCAACGAGCGCGGCAGAUGUAAUUUCCAAACGUUGCAGCUGGUUUGUUGCCAGUGGUGUGUUGGAUGGGUUAUUACUGCGUUCUCCUUUUCAUCAUCCACUGCUUCCAGCGUUUCCAGAUUACUUGGGGAUCUCGGACGGCUGCCUGUGAGGGAGUAUCGCUGCAAAGACUAGCGGGGAAUGCCAUGUGUCGUUGCGCGACAUAGAAGCUCUUUGUGGGCUGUUUUUUGCACCGGGGACAGGUGGUGUGUAUGUGUUGAAACAAGCAGGCGGCACGGACACACAACCCCUGAGACAGUUGUCUUAGGGAUGUCAGGCCGGCGAACGGGAUCAGCUUUUGCCAGAGACAGGUGCGACAGGGAGGAGUAGUUUACAAAGCCCUGCACAGGAUCUGGUAACGCACUAACAAGCACCCUCUCCCCUCUGAUAGCUCGGAUUUUUUUUGUACCCACCGGGACUCACAAUCGACUCAUACUGCCUUUUCUCGGUGGCACCUUUCCCCCUGAAACCUGAGACUUCGCCUUUGUGUUGCCAUGGCGACCGUGGCCCCUCCCUUCUUCCUGCUGUGUUGGCUGCUCCAAGCGGUCAGCUCGGCGUUCCCAGAGGAACCGGGGCCCCUCAACUACAUCCCCACCGAAGUCGUGAGAAGACAUGCAGUGUUUCUGGGCCGACCCCACCGGACAUGGCUCAGACAAGAGCCUCUUCACAUCCAGAGGAUCCUGCAGGUCAAUCGGACGCUCUACAUUGGAGCCAGAGAUGACCUUUUCCGUGUGGAGUUGGACAUCGUUGCAGGAGACGAGAUGUUCUACAGCAAGAAAAGGACGUGGGAGUCGAACAAGAAUGACAUCAGGAUCUGCAGGAUGAAGGGCAAGCAUGAGGAUGAAUGCCGUAACUUCAUGAAGGUGCUGCUCCGCAGACCGGGGGGACUGUUUGUGUGCGGGACCAACGCCUUCAACCCCCUCUGUGCCAACUACACUGGAGACACUCUGGAGAUGGUAGGAGACACAGUCAGUGGUAUGGCGAGAUGCCCCUAUGACCCAAAGCACGCUAAUGUCGCUCGGUUUGCAGAGGGAAAUCUGUUUACAGCCACAGUGACAGACUUCCUGGCCAUCGAUGCGGUGAUCUACCGGAGCCUUGGGGACAGUCUCGCGCUGCGCACCGUCAAGCACGACUCCAAGUGGUUCAGAGAGCCGUAUUUUGUGAGUGCCGUGGAGUGGGGACCUCACAUCUACUUCUUCUUCAGAGAGAUAGCCAUGGAGUUCAACUACCUGGAGAAGGUGAUGGUGUCGCGCGUGGCGCGGGUGUGCAAGCGUGAUCUGGGAGGGUCUCAGCGCGUCCUGGAGAAGCAGUGGACGUCGUUCCUGAAGGCCCGUCUGAACUGCUCUGUCCCCGGGGAUUCCCACUUCUACUUCAACCUGCUCCACUCCACCAGCCCCAUCAUCAGGAUGCACGGCAGAGACAUCAUCCUGGGGGUGUUCUCCACACCGUCAAACAGUAUCCCAGGUUCGGCUGUGUGUGCCUUCGACAUGGAGCAGCUGGCUUCGGUGUUUGAAGGGAGAUUCAAGGAGCAGAAAUCAUCUGAGUCCAUUUGGACACCUGUUCCAGAUGACUUCAUCCCCAAGCCAAGACCCGGUGGCUGCGCUGUUCAAGGAUCCAAGUUUAACUCCUCCACCGCCUUCCCUGAUGAGAUGCUCAACUUCGUCAAGACCCAUCCUCUGAUGGAUGAAGCCGUCCCCUCUCUAGGACAAAGACCCUGGAUUGUACGAACCAUGGUCAGGUACCAGCUGAAUAAGAUCGUGGUGGAUACAGAAGCCGGGCCUCACCGGAACCGGACCGUCCUCUUCCUCGGGUCGAGCAGAGGGAACAUCCUCAAGUUCCUCAUCAUGCCCAACCAGGACAACAGCGUCACCAACAGCAACAUCUUCCUGGAGGAGCUGGAGGGAUACAACCCUGAUAAGUGUGCUGAGGACUCUGUGCAGAACAGGCAGCUUCUCUCUCUCACUCUGGACCGGCCGAGCCACACUCUGCUGCUCGCCUUCCCCUCCUGUUUGGUCAGAGUGCCGCUGGCUCGAUGCCAGCUCUACUCCCGAUGCAUGAAGAACUGUAUCGCCUCGAGAGAUCCUUACUGUGGCUGGACCCGAGGAAGCACCUGCUCCUUCCUCAGGCCUGGAACGAGACUGCCGUUCGAGCAAGAUGUUGAACAGGGAAACGUGGCCCACUUGGGUGACUGUGACGGAAUGCUGCUGCAGGAGAGUUUUAUGGACGAGCCUGACGGCCUGGUGUCUGUGAACCUACUGGUGGUGUCUGCUGUGUCAGCCUUCACCACUGGAGCCAUCCUCUCCGGGCUCACCGUCUGCUGGAUCAUGAGUCACCGCCACCGCCACUCUCGGGGCUCCGGAGCCAACGGCGCCCGACGCAAAGGUGACAAAGAGCAGAGCAUGCUGGGGCAGGGCCGCAGCGGGUCGGUGAUGAGCGUGACGAGAACCAGCGGCGGCGAGAGGCGGCGCUCGCAGGCCGACAACCCCUUCAUCAUGCCCAACGGCUGGUCCAAAGGAGAGAUGGACCCCGGCCUGCUGCCCACCCCCGAGCAGACGCCGCUGCAGCAGAAGAGAACCAUGCGCCUCCCGGACACCGACUGGGACCAGAGCCAGACCUUCCUCACCGCCGUGGGGACUCCCUGCCACAACAACUCUGUCAUCUACCUGAGCUCCAAGUUCCUGCACGGAGGCGGCGGAGGGAUGGUCCGGAUAGAGGACCAGGGGGAGGUCAUGCUUCCCCCGCACACAGAGCGCCAACGCUACCUGAUCUUAGCCACCCAGAGAGGGGAGCCCGGUGGCAGUCGUCCCAGCGGGAACGCCCUGAGGAACUCGGCGGGAGACUACAUCUACCCCGCCACGCCGCAGGACUCCCCCGACCGACGGAGGGUGGUGUCCGCUCCCACUCCCCACAUGGACUAUGGGGAGCCUCGCUGGAGUCACGAGGCGCUCAACUACAACAGCAACAACGGAGCGCCCUACCACCCCCAGCGCCCGGGCAUCAUCAGGCCAGAUAUGCACGGGCCCCGGGGGAUGGGGGAACUGGCGGAACUGGCGGACUUCAGCCAUCUUCUAGUGAAGAACAUGGGAGAGCACACCACCAGCGGCCAGUGAGGCGAAGUACGUGAGCGCUGGCACCGAGCUCUCUCUGAAAACCCAUUCCCUCCAACAGCAGACUGGAAUAAAUCAACCCCUCAGACUCUAUGUCCCGGUCCAACCUUACCCUGUCUGUCCUCUCUCACUGUCAUUCAAUGUUCUGACGUCAUUCAGCUGACUGAAGAGAGAGACAAAGAGAGAGUUGAAAAAGAGGAGCAAACUCUCCUCACGUCUCCGAUCCUCUGCUCUUAAUCCGAGGCGCACCCCUCUGCUCUGUAAGUGGUACGACCCGCAGAGCUUGACUUUGACACCAUAGGACAAAUAGUAAAGGAAAGAGAGGGGUGCAAAGGAAAGGGGAGCUUCUCAAAGAGUGUGGAGAUUUGAAAAAAAAAAAGACAUUUUCCCUUUCAGCGCCAAAUGUGGAAAUCUCCCUCCACCAUUUCUGUUCAUCAUUUGAUGCCAUGGAUCUUCUUUGAGUGUGACAUUUUGUUUCUGCUUUCGUUUUUCUGUGCCAGUGGCAUCCAGCAGACAACAAUGUGCUUUACUUUGGAUUUCAGAGGAGACUUAAACUGUUGUAGCCGUGCCAGAGGGAAGUGACUCUCAAUGAAUCAUGCAGUAUGUGAUUGUGUGUUUGUGUGGAAGCGAGUGGCCACGACAACCCCAACCAGUGUCCCGUCUUUACUGUGAAGUAUAACUAUAUAAUGAAGAACGGUGGAGGUUGAUAUUAUUUUCCCUUUUUUAUAAAUCACAGAGAAACUAAUACAUUUGAUUGUGUGUCUCUAUGUGUCGAGACCAGUGGUUAGUGAAGGGUUGAGACUCCCAUUGUAAUUUGUGUGUACCUCAGAGGCAGCGCUGGACAGAGCCAUUAAAGUGAAAGAAAGCAAUAAUAAGCAAGUAAGGAUGAAGAUAAAGCCAAUAUAAUUGAUAUUUUGUAAUAUAACUCAGUAAAGCAAAAGUUAGGAGAUGUCAGGAGGCGCUGGGAAAAAGAACAAUACCUCCCCGUCCAUUCAUCCCUCCCUCGCUGCCUCUCAGUAUGCCAGGGUCUCUCUGACCGGCCCUGAGGCCCCCAUGGGCUCCGCAGGCCAUUUGAAGGAGGGAAUGUGAGCUGUGGCUGUCUGACUGUGAGGCCCGGCCGCUUGGGAGCUCCAUUCAGCCUCUUCUGCCCGACACUGAGCCUCUUUGUGCCCCAGAAGCAGGAGGAGACUGCGGCAACAAAUAGCCGUUAAGAGUCAGGGACUCUAGCCUUGCAGAAUAUCAAUGAGAGGGACAGCAGCUCCAUCCGUCAUGUGAGAUGUACCAACCAGGAGUGGGCAUCUGUAGGGCUUCACCCACUGGUGGUUCACUAACAAGGGAGGAGUGGAGUUCAGCGGAGACUUGGGGCACCGCUAACUGUCACAAUGGUCAUCCCUUGUGGCUCCAUCUCUCUCAGUGUGUUUCGUGACAAAAGCGGGAUAAAGAAAACAGACGGGCAUGGGUAUACUUGGGUGUGGAGUUACUCUUUCACUCCGUUGUCUGAUCUUUUCAUGUUUCCUGUUUUGUCUGUUCUCAUCCAUUCUUGAUUCAAAUGUAGAUCCAGAGAUAGCUCUAGUUCAUCUGGGUCAUGGUGUUGUGAGAGGUGGUGUUUUUUUCUUUGUCUGCCGGCUGGUGUGUGUGAGUCUCUUUGGGUUUGUGUCUAUGAAUGCGUUACUCAUAUUGAGUGCAGAUAACAGCUUUUAUCAGUUUUACUCUCAUUUCACCUUUCUUCUUUGUUCUUACAGUUUUUUUCUCUUAUUGAGCCAUUAAUGUUAGGCAGAAACCCUUUGCUUGACAUUUACAAAUCCGCGCUAACAUUGUUGAGGCCUCCGUGGGAGUACUGUAUGCUAUAGGAUAUAUGUAAACCAUUAUACUUUAUAUAAAAAACUAUGGCUCAAAAGGAUAAGCCGGGAUGUGCUUGGAUAAAUACCCAGCACACACACAAGAAAAUAUCACAGCCUACAAGAACUAGGGCAGAGCAUCGUUUGAUUUUCUUUUGAUGCCUUUCAGCUUUUGUGACUGUAUACAUGUUUUCCACAUAACCCUAUUUAACAUUUAAAGAUUCCUAAUGGAGCUUUAUAUCAUCUUAAAGCUUAUGAUCUUGUAUUUUAGGAGCAUAACGCUCAGCAAUAAUGUAAAAAAAAUCUACUAUACACUUCCUGCCUAGCACCAAAUUGAAGACAGACACUCUUGCUAGUGAACACAGUGAAGUAUUUAUCAGAUAAAGAGCCUUAGAUUUCCCGUAAGAGUUGGUAGAGACCAAAAACCAAGCUAUUCGCCUUUUAAAGCCUGAUAAUAUGUCAGUGUUGUCUUCACAGCUUGUUUCUGCUGCCCCCAAGUGGUCAACAAAUAAGUUAUUUGAGGUUUAAUGUAUCAGGUGUAAUACAAAGGCUAUGUAUUGGUUGAAACAUUUCAGAAAUGCCAUUUCAAUAGCAGACAACAUUGUUAUGUUUACCUUACUUUAAGAAACCUGUUUUUCAAAGAAAUCCUAUUUCCCAUUUUACUACAAAUCCCGAGUAAGCAGUCUCACUAAAACUUUAUCUAAGAAGUAAAUUGUCUGCAUUCGUCCACAAUUCCAAUUUAAAUCAAGGCCUGUUCCUUCAUGAAAAAAAGUAAACAAGAUUGUAAAUCAGACCAAGUAUUCAAUACCAGCUGACAGUUCUUUCGACACUCAUUGCCACAGUCUCAUUUCUGUUAGUACCUGAACAGCAUUGAGGUUCAGCAGCCAGCCCUGAAGAUUAAGCAGCCAGAGCUGGAGGUGCUGCAUGAGACAAGCCAGUGAAAGAGAUUUAUGAAAGCAAGGACAGAGGAGGAGGUCAGGCGGGCGAACAUGAUGUUACUGCAUUACUGUCUCCACACAUUAGUACAGUGUAUUCUUUACGCAUUCCACCCUGAAACAGGUCAUUAGUAUUGAGGAUACGUCGCCCUCAUCCACCAGCCCGACCCCUCAUCUCUGCCUCUCUUUAUCUCUCUCCGUCUCCAUCUCCGCUGUGACCUGAGUGCUGCGUGUGUGUGAUGUGUGUGUGAAUGAGGUCUCUCAGUCUCGGCCGGCUCGCCCAGUCAGCCGUGUCCUCGCUCUGCAUCUCCUCCGGUGUUUCACUAAACAUGCUUGAUUAGGCAAAGUACAUUCCCGGCCCUCUAAUGGCCUGAUGAGCCCUUGAGAAGAUUAUUACAGACACAUCAGCCCUGGGAGGGAGGUGCACGUUCAACCAGCUCUUUACCCCUUUUUAUACUAUACACCCGCCACACACACACACAUGCUCAUACACACAAGUACUGUUGGUGCUUUAACCUAAUUAAAAAAGCAAUCGAAUUAAGAUCAGAAACAGAGCUUAAGCUUGAAAUAGGCUGACUCACUCUAGGAAAGCUCAUGAUGGUAUCUUCCUAAUUUGAUUACAUGUGUUCAACAUUACAGGGCAGCUAAAGAAUGCAGGUGUAGCCUCACUAAAGUCAGUCUGUUUAUCGAAGCCGUCAUCCUCCCUAUUUCUCUCAUACUUCAUGUCAUUCCCUUUCCUCCUUUUUGAACAGCUGCACUUUCUCUUCUUCUUUAAAGCCCCUUUUUGUAUUGUUAACAGACUCACACUAUCUCUCUGUACACACAUAUCUCGUCCUAAUCUGAGCCCGGGCUGCGCUCUCAUCCUGUUUGUCACCAUUAAAGGUUAGCUUGUUGAUUUAAUGAGUCGGUGACGGAAACAGAAAUCGCAGUAAUUCCCAAAUCCCGUUUUAUUUGUUACCUUUUUUUUUUAAUACAUUUUCAAAGCCUCUCAUGUGGCAAAUUGCUUUCACUUGCUUCGAAAUUAUUGUGCUUGGAGGGGGGGGUUUUGUUCAAUGCAGCACAUAUUGCCUGUAGUCCUUCACACACACACAUGCAUUGUCCUUCCUUAUCUCUGCCCUGCACAUAUCACACACACAUAAAAUUCCCACCCAGCCCUCACGGCCCAGUCUGUCUGUGUGUGUUGUUAUUUAUCAGGUUGUGUCUGUAUGCUUGUUAAAGAGACCAUGCCUUUGUGUGUUGGGGUUGUUAGUGCCGUGUGGUCCAGUGAUGCGAUGCCCCCCCCCCCCCCAAGCCAAUAACUGCCAUCUUGUCCUACAGCGCUCCGCUGUGCUGUAAAUGCUCUACGUCCAAGAAACUAAGUCUAACUUGUGUGAAAUCCAUCAUCGCUGUUGGGAGAAGUGACAUGAAAUGGCCCCCUUCGAGCCAACAUAUAAGAGGGGGGGGAAAGCACAAAAACAAGGCGAAAACAAAAUCAACGUUUGCAUUUUUGUAAAGUUUUAGAUGUAUUUAGUCAGCACUGAUCAUUUUUGUCAUGUUUGUUUUUUAUAUAGUUUGUUUCUGUGGUAGAUAUUUGGUUUGAGAUGAUAUGGAAUAUUAUUGUAUAUGAUUUCAACUUCUCUGGUGUGCCGGAUUUGAUGAUGAAAAUGAAGACGAACCUGAAGACUAUCAUGAUUAUUAUUAUUAAUUAUAUUGACAGUGACAAUGAACUGUGAGCAGCACUGAGGUGUUGUGUGUCCUGUUUGGAUGCUGAAUCUGAAGGGAAACUGAGAGGAAGAGGAGGAGUGAAUGAACUCAAACAGACUGAGCUUCAAAAAGAGAUUCUGCUUCUUUCUUGCCGAGUGGAUUCUCCUGCUACUGUGAACGACGUCGGCCCAAAGUCGCCCUGGGGCCCUCAGGGCAGGCGGCCAUCAGAAGACAACACAUGUCCCUACUUUGUGUACAUAACCUUGAUGCUUACAUGUAAUUUAAGUGCAGUAGCUGCAUGACGACACAGCCUCUGUGUGUGUACAGAAGUAGCGACGUGUGAAUUUGUACAGUACAUGCAAGUGUGUGUGUGUGUGCUUGUGUCCGCGAAGAAAUCUGUCUGUCGUCACGCAAAAAGCAACACGUGCAUGCACCCUCCGACAACUGCCCAGUACACACACAUAUACACACUCCAUGCACACACACGCAAAUACACUCCAGCAGUUGUUCACCAUCCACAUUGUCCCGAGCUCUGCCUGUCACUCCGCAUGGAGACUUUGCUCUAUGUCAACUUUCUUAUUCUAAUAAACCACUCCGACAUUGA